AUGCAGCUUCUAGUGGAUGAAAAAGGCAAGAAGAGAAAUUCUCCCCAAGAGCCUUUGGAAGCAACACAGGGCCCGGUUCCCUCAGCGAUCACUUCCCGUGGCUCUCCUCGGCUCGGCCAGCGCCUGGCGGAGCGGGGCGCUCAAGAGCCCGGCGCGGUCGCCGGGAGGACCAGUGGGGGAGAAGCCGGAGGAGGAAGUGAUCCGGAGCCUGGUGGGCGCGAGCGGGAGAUGGUGCUGCCGGGGCCGCUGCUCGGGAGUGCACGCCGUGCGAUCCUCGGGUCGGCGCAGUCUGUGCUCUGGGGUUUGAAGUCAAUAAAAGGAAGCUGCCACAAUUUUUGUACUGCUGUUUUCAAAGAUGUCACUUACAAGGAACUUAAAAGUCUCUUGAAUUCCAGACAAAUUACGUUAAUUGAUGUUAGAGAGAGAUGGGAAAUUGUUGAGUAUGGGAAAAUUCCCGGGUCUGUCAAUAUACCAUUGGAUGAGGUAGGUGAAGCUCUACAGAUGAACCCAAAAGACUUCAAAGAGAAGUACAAUGAAGUAAAACCAUCCAAAUCUGACAGCCUAGUGUUUUCUUGUUUAGCCGGAGUGAGAAGCAAGAAGGCUGUGGACACAGCAGUAUCUCUGGGCUUUAACAGUGUUCAACAUUAUGCUGGAGGAUGGAAGGAAUGGGUGACUUAUGAAUUUUCAGAAAAGAAAAAAGGAAAUUGAAUUCUGGAAAA